UUGAGAGGGCGGAGGGCGCAGGGCGCAGGGCCCAGGGGGGGAUUUAUUUUGUCGCUGGAGCUAGCGUGCCUCGGUUUCGUAUGGUUACGGAUAGCUUUGUCCGGAGGGUGGAAAUAGAGCUGCUGGUGCGGAAGUGGUAGUUCACUAGUACUCCCUCUGCUCACGCACAUCGAAGCUGCGAAUCGUCGGUCCCUACGAGGUUUGGCCGGGCUGUGAAGAGCGGAAUCACAGGCAGACGUUGUUCGCGGGACGGCCCGACGAUCUGUUGAUCCGGGACGGGGACUGAUUGAUAGGCAGAGUGGUGUCUGCGUGUGGGCGAGACGCAGCGCGAGUGAGAGAGUGUGAUUAGGUUAUUGCUGUCAGUUUCGUGAGCUUCUGCUGCCGCCUGCUCUCGACUCGGGGAGCGCAGCGCGGUUCGUUUUCAGCUUGCUUCGCAAUCGACGGGUCGAUUGUGGGAUCUGUUUCUACCUGGCGGCACCGUCCUCUCGGCCUGCAGGCUACCGCUGCUGCAUGUUCUCGCAAGAACGGCAGUGAGAAGAUCCGCGAGUUCGAGAGAUCGUUCGGAGGUGCCCACCCCGUGAGUUUGCCACUCCUGCGGUAGUGUGCGGUGAUGCUAUGAUGUCUUGGUUGAAGGCACACCGCGUCAGAAGCGUGUGACAUGUUGUCUACAACGUGUGAAGCAGAUCUAGUGUAGAAUCCCAGAGGAGCAGGAGCUCCUCCAGCAAGCAGGUCGUAAAGCGCGAGGACAUGUACAAAGAGCGGAUCUUAUCUCUGGCAACAGACGGCAGAGGCAGCGGCAAAUCUGAGACGCCUUUGUUUCGAGAGCCUGCUGAGAGCAAGAAGCGCCAGGAGGAUGCUCUCGAGAAGUCUUCUCCUUCGACUUCGAAAGGAGGGAAUGGCAGAGAAAAGGAGAGGCCCUCCGGUCCCUCAACGUCAACCGCUCGACGAGCAGGCACUGGCAAUUCAGACACUCGAACUGCCUUCGAGAAGACCAAGUAUCCUGACGAUGGAGAGGAUUCCGAUACAGACAGUGAGGAGUCAGACGUGAGUGGAUCAGAUGGUGAAGAUACCUCGUGGAUUGCGUGGUUUUGUGGAUUGAGGGGGAAUGAGUUCUUUUGCGAGGUUGAUGACGAGUACAUUCAGGACGAUUUCAACCUCAGUGGUCUAAGCAGCCAAGUUCCUUAUUACGACUACGCUCUCGACCUAAUUCUAGAUGUGGAGUCGCCAAAUGAUGAUAUGCUCACAGAGGAGCAAAAUGAAAUGGUGGAAUCUGCCGCUGAGAUGUUGUACGGAUUGAUCCAUGUCCGUUAUAUAUUGACAAGCAAAGGAAUGAAUGCUAUGCUUGAGAAGUGCAAGAAUGUCGACUUUGGUAGGUGUCCACGGGUAUAUUGCUCAGGGCAGCCAUGCUUGCCCAUUGGUCAGUCAGACAUUCCACGAACGAGCACAGUGAAGAUCUAUUGUCCAAAAUGUGAAGACAUCUACUACCCAAGGUCCAAGUACCAAGGCAAUAUUGAUGGAGCAUAUUUUGGGACUACAUUCCCCCAUCUCUUCCUCAUGACUUACCCAUACAUAAAACCACCCAAACCAACCCAGAGUUACAUACCGAGGAUAUUUGGAUUCAAGCUCCACAGGAGUGCAAGGUAGUACGUGACGUAGAGUGGCGCGACUUUAGGCAGCUGAAGGCAACAGGCGCAUUGCUUUUGCUGCGUUUGCAGCAGGAUUGUAGUUAGGGUGAGCCGGAGGCAAUUGGUUAGAUAAAUUGACACCAUGGGAUCUUAUGGAUACGGCUGUACUUGGUAAUGUUUCGUCCCAUCGUCCCCUGGUAGUUCAUUUUGAAUCAGGAGAUUGAGACUUCGUCAAUUACAUCAAGUGUUUGGCUGUACAGUCGGUAGAUCAUAGAAGAUAGUGAGAGGGAGAAAGCGUGAGAGGGAGGGAGAGGGAAUCUUGGACCUUGCCCCGGGAGCUGUUCUUCAUUGCUUUGUUGGGGCGGAGGCAUUCAAUUUGCGAUUUUGGGUCCUGUUUAUGUUCAUUUUUCCCAGCUUGGUUGGUCGCUGAGGCAGGGACUUGAAGUCGUGGUUAUUGUCAGUAGUGAACUCAGGUAAUUGACAUUAGAUCCAUUGAGCGGAGACCACAUUGUUGGGCUUGUGGAAUAACUAGUACAGCCCUGACUAAGUAAGGGCUUAGGCAUUCCAACUGUUGACAUACUAUGAGUAGCCCAUUCAUGUCUUGUGUGAGAUCUGAUUCUACGUAUGGAGCUUGUUAAGCAUUCCACUCAGUGUGUAAGAAAAGCAAGACGACUACUGCUUCCUCUGUCUGCCUUCUUGCAACUUCUUAUUUCUCUUCUCACACUAUUAAUUACUUCUAGGUAAGUCAGAUUACACCGGAAAAAUGGCUGUGUUGUGGAUGUUCGUACACUAUGAGUAAAAUGUUAGGUAUACUA